GGUUGCAGCGCUGGGUUUGAACCUGCUCAUGUACCUGGAGCAACGCCGGGCGACCAAACCCUCGGACUCGGCAACGUUGUACCUGCUCGCGUCAGUGCUAUGCGACUCGGUAGCUCUGACAGUGCCCUCUGCAGUCCGCCGGCCCCCACCUGCUCGGUGUUUGCUGCACACCUUGCUACUGGUCCUCGAGUGCUUCCUACCGCGGGCCAACCAGCCGGGUACUCCCCGGGAGAACCAGGCGCCGGAGGACAAUGCCUGCUCCUCAGCUACGACUCGCCACCCCUCCCCCGAGAUUUGAGCGCGAAACUAUUCAGACAGGCUAUGGUUGAGUCGUGGAACCGGCGAGCGAGACCCGAGACAAAGGCGGCAUUGCCCCUCGCCUUGUUGAGGUGUAUCCGACGGCCCUUUGUAGCUCCGAUCAUACCUCGGCUCUUUCUGAUUCUCUUCCGAUAUUCCCAGCCGGCUUUGAUCCGACGGUCCAUUCAGUUCGUAACUGAUGACGUUCCCUCAGCUGCUGGUGUGGAAACUCGAGGUUACUGGCUCGUGUUUUCGGCUGUAACCAUAUAUGUUGGUCUUGCUGUCUCGACGGCAGCAUACCAACACAGGCUGAAUAAGCUCAGAGUGGUGACCAAGAGCGCGCUCGUCGGUAUCAUUCACCACAAAACUAUCAGCUUGCCUAGUGCGACACAUGACAACAGCGAAGCAGUUACCCUCAUGAGCACUGAUGCUGAUGGAUUGGAUGGGGCGGCCGAAAUGUUCCACGAGACAUGGGCUCAAAGUCUGGAGGUGGUCAUUGGAAUCUUUCUAUUGUCUCGAGAGGUCGGCUCGAUCUGGCCUCUUCCCCUGAUCCUUAUAUUCUUGUGCUCUCGCAUGAGCCGCUACGUGGCCAAGCACUUAGGGCCUCGCCAGAAUGCCUGGAAUACCGUAACGCAACAACGUGUGGCAGCGACAAGCUCUAUGCUCAGUUCCAUGAAGGUCAUCAAGAUGCUGGGACUGCAGCACUGUAUGGCCAGCUUCACACGUCGUCUGCGCGAGGAGGAGCUGAAAACAGCAUCGAGAGUCAGGUGGAUCAUGGUGUAUUACAAUGCCAGCGCUAAUCUAUUGGGCAUAUUUUCUCCCGCAAUUACCUUGACGCUCUCUGCCCUUGCCGCCGCGCGACGUGGCCUUGCCCUGAACGCGGAGACGGCAUUCACUUCAAUGGCCAUUUUGAGCAUGGUCACGCACCCUGCCAACAUGGUCAUGACCAUUGUGCCCCGCGCAGUUGCGGCAUUCGCGGGACUUGAGAGAAUCCAGGCCUAUCUCCUUAAACCGCGGUUGCUCGACGGAAGACAGACCCGACCGUCGGCGGGAGAAACAGCUGGUUUGGCGAUCAAGGUGCACGAUGUUGUGGUUGGCGAACAUCAUUCGAUUCUGAACGGUGUGAGCAUUGGGGUGAACUACGGCUCGUUAGUCAUCCUCUCAGGCCCAGUUGGGUCAGGCAAGUCGACGCUGCUUCGGGCGAUCCUGGGGGAGAUCCGUCCUGUCCAUGGUUCGAUUCAGGUGGCAUCACGACGGAUGGCCUACUGCUCCCAGCAGCCAUGGCUUCCUAACGGGAGUAUUAAGCAGGCUAUCUGCGGCAUGGACGACAACCAAGACGAUAUUCAAUGGUAUCAGCGUGUUCUGGAAGCUUGUUGUCUCAGCCACGAUCUCGAGCUUCUACCCGAUGGCGAUGAGACGGAGAUCGGAAGUGGCGGCCUUAACCUCUCAGGCGGGCAGAGACAAAGGGUGGCCCUGGCGCGUGCAUUGUUUGCCCGAUGUGACAUUGCCCUGCUGGACGAUGUUUUCAGUGCUCUAGAUGGAGACACCGAGAUGCGAAUCUUUCGAAACUUGUUUGGGCCAACAGGACUCUUCCGACAGUUGAACACAGCGGUAGUCCUGGUUACAAAUUCCGCACAAUUUUUUCCACCCGCCGACCUCAUCCGGGUUCUUGAGGGCGGUAGCAUAAAAAUACAAGGCUCCUGGGAAGAAAUAAGACACAAGGCCCACUCCUCGAUAUCCAAGUUCAGUCUUCAGCAUCAGAACGACCGCGUCGUUGCUCCCGCCCCGCUUUCCAACUUUACAAAGUUGAAUGCUCAACCUCAAAUCAGACAAGAAGCAAAGGCUGAUCUCGUCAGGAAGACAGGGGAUCUGGGGCUCUAUUGGUACUACUUCCGCUUUGUUGGCCUGUUCAACCUUGCUCUCCUCGCCGGCUGCACCGCAUCUUACUCCUUCUUCAUCACCCUUCCGCAGCAAUGGCUUAAGCUGUGGACGGAAUCCAGCGGCCAGAACCAAGUCUUCUAUGUACUCGGUUUCAUCCUGUUGUCACUGUUAUCAUGGACUUCCACCAAUGGGACAAUGUGGUCGGCGGUGAUUCGGAUUGCCCCUCAUUCUGGGCUGAUAAUUCACCAACACCUCCUCACUAUUGUUUCGAAUGCCCCUCUGUCGUUCUUUUCCAACAACGACAACGGCUCCAUUCUCGCCCGGUUCACUCAAGAUAUGCAGCUCAUCGACAAGCAGCUUCCUUCUGCACUGGCCAACUUGGGGAACCAAAUCUUCAAACUCUUGGCGCAGGUCUUACUGCUGUGCAUAGCACAGAGGCGGCUCGCCUUAUCUCUCCCAGUGUGUGGAAGUCUGGUCUGGAUCAUCCAGAAGGUCUACCUCAGGACAUCACGGCAGCUUCGGUUUCUGGAAUUGGAAUCUCGUGCAGCGGUGCUAUCAAGCUUCCUCGAGUCGGUGGAAGGUCUUGAGACGAUACGAUCGUUUGGUUGGCUCAGCGAAAUAACUGACCAGAACAAUAAGCGAUUGGAGGACUCACAGCGUCCUGAGUACCUCCUCAUGUGUCUCCAGCGAUGGCUAAAUCUGGUUCUCGACAUGAUCGCCGCUACGGUAGCGAUAGGCAUCAUUGCAGCCGCCGUCGCCCUUCGCGGACAGAUUCAGGCCGGACAAGUUGGAGUGGCACUCAAUAUCAUGCUUGUGGCCAACACGACUUUGCUACGGCUGAUCGAAUCGUGGACAAGUUUAGAGGUUUCUCUAGGUGCGAUUGCCCGGUUGCAGGCGCUUGAAACAACGACGCCGUCUGAAUUCGACAAAAACGCCAUCUUUGAGCCACCCCGUGGGUGGCCGACUCGAGGACAAGUCGAGUUUAAGGGUGUUACCGCGGUAUACAACGCCGAAGCCGUCGCCUUGCGGGGUGUGACCUUGACGAUCAACGCAGGCCAGAAAAUAACGAUCUGCGGCAGAACUGGCAGUGGCAAGAGCUCCUUUCUCCUGGCGCUCCUCAGGAUGCUGGAUGUGCAAUCAGGCAGUAUCGAACUUGACGGCGUCAACAUCGCCAAAAUCCCGCGUGACUUUCUGCGGCAGCGGUGCUUCGUGACGGUAUCACAGGACGGGUUCCUUCUACCCAGUGAAACACUUCGCUCCAACCUCGAUCCGGAACGCUUACUUGGCGACGACUAUAUCAUCAUCGACACUUUGAAGAGGGUUGGUCUCUGGUCACAUUUCUCUCCCGCGGGCCAGUCUUCCAAGGAGUAUUAUCGCGGUGAUGGGCACCCGAUUCUAGAUCAGAAGUUAUCGUCCUUCUCAGCCUUCUCAGCUGGCCAAGCCCAGAUCUUCACCCUCUGCCGGGGAAUUCUCAAGGCCGAAGCUCUACGAGCCGACGGCGGGCGGCCCGUGGUACUUCUUGACGAGGUCACAUCUGCCCUGGACUCAAGCACGGAGUGGGCUGUGCAAAGAAUUUUCGAGGCUGAAUUUGCAGCAAAAGGGCAUACCAUCAUCAUGGUUUCCCACCGUCUAGGGCAGCUAUCCGAGUUUAUGCGUCCGAGAACGGAUCUUGUUGUCCGCAUGCGGGAUGGGAGGUUGGAGAGCGCUGUGAGCGACUUGAAAGGAGCGGCAGGAGAUUGAGAGUCCUUAGAGAAGAGAGCGGAAUAAUUGCUGCAGAUAUCUACGACGCCAUCAAGUGUUUCGAACGCAUCGUGAUAGCUCAGCCAGAGAGACUUUUCCAACGGCGUAGCAAGGGUAUCUUUUCGACAGCACUCCAUUACGGCGAGCGGACUCUUCAAAAUAUUGAG